UAGGAUUAAAACUUUGUAAGGAUGGCAGUGACUGUGUCCUGUACAGCCAUGUGUGUGAUGGAGAGCUAGACUGUAAGGAUGGAUCUGAUGAAGAGGGAUGUGAAUAUUUGUGCAAAGCAGGUAAUUAUUUAACUUUGGUGCUUUACCACAUCCAGUCUCUGGUACAGGGUAUGAAGUAAUGGAUGCUGUUUCUUUAGACCAAUUUCAGUGUGCUCAUGGAAGAAUGUGCAUAGACAAGAAGCUGGUGUGUGAUGGCACACCUCAGUGUCAGGAUCGCUCUGAUGAAAUGGACUGCUUCACACGUACCAAGAGCUGCAGCCAUCGCUGUGACAAUAAGACCCGCUGCAUCCCAGAUAACUUCCUGUGUGAUGGAGAGAAAGACUGUGUAGAUGGCACUGAUGAAGCAGACUGUCGCGAGAGUUCUUCCAUUGCUGUGACUCCUAAAGUUGAAACCACUCCAGAACCAAUCUGUAAAAGUCCCUCUGUAAUGUGUCAAGGCACAGCACUGUGCAUCAGUCAGUCUCAGCUGUGUGAUGGGAUGUUGGAUUGUCCUGAUGGGUUUGAUGAGCUCCACUGUUUACAUGCAUGCUCAGAUCCAGGCCACUUCCUGUGUAAGAACAAGAGGAAGUGUAUUGAACAGGCCCUGGUGUGUGAUGGUCGCUCUGACUGCUCUGAUGAUUCAGAUGAGUUACGUUGUCCUACGUGUCCUCUGCACUGUGAUGAGGGGACAGUGUGCCUGAUCAACCAGCAGUUCUGUGAUGGACGCGUGGAUUGUAAAGAUGGCUUUGAUGAGAGGAACUGCUAUAAGACUGCCAAAAAGUCAGCAAAAUCUUCAUCCCUGAAAUGUGCUGUAGGCUUCAAAGCAUGCAGAGAUGGAAGCGAGUGUGUCCUCUACAGUCACGUGUGCGAUGGAGAAAAGGACUGCAAGGACGGGUCAGAUGAGAAGGACUGUGAACGGCAAUGUAAAAAAGGCCAGUUUCAGUGUGCUCAUGGAAGGAUGUGCAUAGACAAGAAGCUGGUGUGUGAUGGGACUCCUCAGUGUCAGGAUCGCUCUGAUGAAAUGGACUGCUUUACACGUACCAAGAGCUGCAGCCAUCGCUGUGACAAUAAGACCCGCUGCAUCCCUGAUAACUUCCUGUGUGAUGGAGAGAGAGACUGUGUUGAUGGCACUGAUGAAGCAGACUGUCAUGAGCGUUCUUCUGUUGCGGUGACUCCUAAAGUUGAAACCACUCCAGAACCACCCUGUAAAAGUCCCUCUGUAAUGUGUGAAGGCACGUCAUUAUGCAUCAGUCAGUCUCAGCUCUGUGAUGGGUUAUUAGAUUGUCCUGAUGGGUUUGAUGAACUCCACUGUUUACAUACCUGCUCAGAUCCUGGCCACUUCCUGUGUAAGAACAAGAGGAAGUGUAUUGAACAGGCCCUGGUGUGUGAUGGUCGCUCUGACUGUUCUGAUGGUUCAGAUGAGUUACGUUGUCCUACGUGUCCUCUGCACUGUGAUGAGGGGACGGUGUGCCUGACCAGCCAGCAGUUCUGUGAUGGAGGAAUGGAUUGUAAAGAUGGCUUUGAUGAGAGGAACUGCUACAAUAGUGACAAAGAUAAAGGAGCCCUAAAAUGUGCUGUGGGCUUCAAGCCAUGCAGGGAUGGAAGUGAGUGUAUCCUCUACAGUCACGUGUGUGAUGGAGAAAAGGACUGUAAGGACGGGUCAGACGAGGAGGACUGUGGAGUCAAAUCAGUCACUGUCGCUCCUAAAGUUGAAACCACUCCAGAACCAAUCUGUAAAAGUCCCUCAGUAAUGUGUCCAAGCACGUCACUGUGCAUCAGUCAGUCUCAGCUGUGUGAUGGGAUGUUGGAUUGUCCUGAUGGGUUUGAUGAGCUCCACUGUUUGCAUGCAUGCUCAGAUCCAGGCCACUUCCUGUGUAAGAACAAGAGGAAGUGUAUUGAACAAGCCCUGGUGUGUGAUGGUCACUCUGACUGUACUGAUGGUUCAGAUGAGUUACGUUGUCCUACGUGUCCUCUGCACUGUGAUGAGGGGACGGUGUGCCUGACCAGCCAGCAGUUCUGUGAUGGACGCAUGGACUGUAACGAUGGCUUUGAUGAGCGGAACUGCUGUAUGUUCUGCUGUAAUGAAAAGUUGUUUGAAAAUUUAACGGAGCAUGUGAUCAGGGCUGAUUUUUUCGAAAUGCAUUUUGUAGAUCAGACUGGCAAAAAGGCUACAGAAGCUUCAUCCCUGAAAUGUGCUGUAGGCUUCAAACCAUGCAGGGAUGGAAGUGAGUGUAUCCUCUACAGUCACGUGUGUGAUGGAGAAAAGGACUGCAAGGAUGGGUCAGAUGAGAAGGACUGUGGUGGCAAAUCUGUCACUGUUACUCCUAAAGUUGAAACCACUCCAGAACCAAUCUGUAAAAGUCCCUCUGUAAUGUGUCAAGGCACAGCACUGUGCAUCAGUCAGUCUCAGCUGUGUGAUGGAAUGUUGGAUUGUCCUGAUGGGUUUGAUGAGCUCCACUGUUUACAUGCAUGCUCAGAUCCAGGCCACUUCCUGUGUAAGAACAAGGGGAAGUGUAUUGAACAGGCCCUGGUGUGUGAUGGUCGCUCUGACUGCUCUGAUGGUUCAGAUGAGUUACGUUGUCCUACAUGUCCUCUGCACUGUGAUGAGGGGAUGGUGUGCCUGAUCAACCAGCAGUUCUGUGAUGGACGCGUGGAUUGUAAAGAUGGCUUUGAUGAGAGGAACUGCUAUAAGUCUGGCAAAAAGGCUGCUGAAGCUUCAUCCCUGAAAUGUGCUGUAGGCUUCAAAGCAUGCAGAGAUGGAAGCGAGUGUGUUCUCUACAGUCACGUGUGCGAUGGAGAAAAGGACUGCAAGGACUGGUCAGAUGAGAAGGACUGUGAACGGCAAUGUAAAAAAGGGCAGUUUCAGUGUGCUCAUGGAAGGAUGUGCAUAGACAAGAAGCUGGUGUGUGAUGGGACUCCUCAGUGUCAGGAUCGCUCUGAUGAAAUGGACUGCUUUACACGUACCAAGAGCUGCAGCCAUCACUGUGACAAUAAGACCCGCUGCAUCCCUGAUAACUUCCUGUGUGAUGGAGAGAGAGACUGUGUUGAUGGCACUGAUGAAGCAGACUGCUCUACUGAUAAUGGAGAUACAGUCAACAGUAAGGCUUCUGAAGAGGCUUCGAUAGUUUUUUCAGCUCAGAGUCCAGACUGUAGAAGCCCCUCAGUGUUUUGUGAAAGCACAGCAUUAUGUAUGUCCCUGGUUCAACUCUGUGAUGGGAAGUUGGACUGUCCUGAUGGUUCUGAUGAGCUCUCCUGUAUAGAUUCAUGUCAGAAGAUGGGUGACUUCCGCUGUAAGGACAGGAGGAAGUGUAUUGAGCGAAUUCUGGUGUGUGAUGGACUCUCAGACUGCACUGAUGGAUCUGACGAGACAGACUGUCCUGCUGCUGCAGUGCCAAAAACCGCAGCUGCCUUAAACUGCCGUUUGGGUUCAAAACUCUGUAAGGAUGGCAGUGACUGUGUGAUGCACACCCAUGUGUGUGAUGGAGAGGUAGACUGUAAGGAUGGGUCUGAUGAAGAGGGAUGUGACCUUCAGUGUAAUCCAGGUCAGUUUCAGUGUAGUUAUGGCAGAAAGUGCAUAGACAACAAGCAGGUGUGUGACGGGGUUCCUCAGUGUCCAGAUAACUCUGAUGAAUCAACAUGCUGGACGCCAACAAGAAGCUGUGCACUGCGCUGCGAUCAAAACAGUCUCUGUAUUCCGGAAGUUUUUAUCUGCAAUGGGAUCAGGGACUGCUGGGAUGGAUCAGAUGAAACUGACUGCGGCAACCCUGGGCCGCAUUCCCAUUGCAAAAGUCCGUCUAUACCAUGCCUGGCAACUUCAAAGUGCAUCUCCCAGAGGCAGCUCUGUGAUGGCAGGAAGGACUGUGCCGAUGGUUCUGAUGAAAGACCAUGCCUUCAGAAAUGUCCUUAUGAUGAUGACUUCCUGUGUAAAGAUAGGAGAAGGUGUAUCGACAGGAAUCUGGUCUGUGAUGGACGUCUGCACUGCACUGAUGCUUCCGAUGAGGUGGACUGUCCAACUGCGGCUGUUUAUACCGUUGAAGCUGCUCCUGUGAAGUGCCGUUUGGGUUUGACGCCCUGUAAGGAUGGCAGUGACUGUAUCCUGUACAGUCAUGUGUGUGAUGGAGAGGUUGAUUGCAAAGAUGGCUCUGAUGAAGAGGGAUGUGAUGUUACUUGCAAAGCAGGGCAGUUUCAGUGUGCUCAUGGAAGGAGGUGCAUUGAUGCAAACCUUGUGUGUGACGGUAAGCCACAUUGUCAGGAUCGCUCUGAUGAAAUGGACUGCUUUACACGCACCAAGAGUUGCAGCCAUCGCUGUGACAAUAAGACCCGCUGCAUCCCUGAUAACUUCCUGUGUGAUGGGGAGAGAGACUGUGUUGAUGGCACUGAUGAAGCAGACUGUGGCUACCCUUCCCAGCUGAGAAGCUGUAGUGCCCCUUCAGUGUUGUGUCGAGGGGGAAAACUGUGCAUUUCUAACACUAAACUGUGUGAUGGAAAGCGUGACUGUCCAGAUGGUUUUGAUGAAGAAUCUUGCAUCAAAAGAUGUCCAAAAACAGGUGACUUUAUGUGUAAGGACAGGAGAAAGUGUGUUGCACGAGGUUUGGUUUGUGAUGGCCGUUCUGACUGCACUGAUGGCUCUGAUGAGGAGAGAUGUCCCAUGGUUUCUAUAAAGCCAAAUAUAGCAGGUCCAUUAAAGUGCCGUUUGGGCUGGAAACCUUGUAAGGACCGAAGCGAGUGUGUGCUCUACAGUCACCUAUGUGAUGGAGAGGUCGACUGUAAAGAUGGCUCUGAUGAAGAUGACUGUCAAUAUCAGUGUAGACCAGACCAAUUUCAGUGUGCUCAUGGAAGAAUGUGCAUAGAGAAGAAGCUGGUGUGUGAUGGGACUCCUCAGUGUCAGGAUCGCUCUGAUGAAAUGGACUGCUUUACACGUACCAAAAGCUGCAGCCAUCGCUGUGACAAUAAGACCCGCUGUGUCCCAGAUAACUUCCUGUGUGAUGGGGAGAGAGACUGUGUAGAUGGCACUGAUGAAGCAGACUGUAGUAAGAGUGAUAAAUCUUCAGGAACUUCAUCCCUGAAAUGUGCAGUGGGCUUCAAACCAUGCAGUGAUGGAAGUGAGUGUAUCCUCUACAGUCACGUGUGUGAUGGAGAAAAGGACUGUAAGGACGGGUCUGAUGAGGAGGACUGUAGGCGCAAAUCUGUCCCUGUAGCUCCUACAGUUGGAACCACUCCAGAACCAGCCUGUAAAAGUCCCUCUGUAAUGUGUCCAGGCACAACAUUGUGCAUCAGUCAGUCUCAGCUGUGUGAUGGGAUGUUGGAUUGUCCUGAUGGGUUUGAUGAGCUCCACUGUUUACAUGCCUGCUCAGAUCCUGCCCACUUCCUGUGUAUGAACAAGGCGAGGUGUAUUGAACAAGCCCUGGUGUGUGAUGGUCGCUCUGACUGUUCUGAUGGUUCAGAUGAGUUGCGUUGUCCUACGUGUCCUCUGCACUGUGAUGAGGGGACGGUGUGCCUGACCAGCCAGCAGUUCUGUGAUGGACGAAUGGAUUGUAAAGAUGGCUUUGAUGAGAAGAAAUGCCAUAAGGGUGACAAAAAUGCUGCAGGAGCUUCAUCCCUGAAAUGCCCUCUGGGCUUCAAGCCAUGCAGGGAUGGUAGUGAGUGUGUCCUCUACAGUCAUGUGUGCGAUGGAGAGAAAGAUUGCAAGGAUGGGUCAGAUGAGAAGGACUGUGAACGACAGUGUAAAAAAAGCCAGUUCCAGUGUGCCCAUGGGAAGAUGUGUAUAGACAUGAAGCAUGUGUGUGAUGGGACCCCUCAAUGUCAAGAUCGCUCCGAUGAAAUGAACUGUUUUAAACUGUCUGAGUCCUGCAGCCAUCACUGUGAUAACAGAAGCCACUGCAUUCCUCAAACUUUCCUUUGUGAUGGAGAGCGAGACUGUUUAGAUGGCACAGAUGAGACCGACUGUAGUGAGGGUGGUGCGAAGGAGCCAUGUUUACGAGGGCAAUUUCAGUGUGCCAGUGGACAAUGUGUCUCCACAAGUGUCCGUUGUGAUGGUCAUGCAGAUUGCCACGAUCAGUCUGAUGAGAAGAACUGUCGUAAACCUCCACACUGCCCCCUGGAGCAGCGCUGCCCUAACAGCCAUGUGUGCCUGUUGAAAGAGUGGUUUUGCGAUGGAGACAAAGACUGCAUUGAUGGGUCUGACGAACAGAACUGCAAUGCCUCUCCUAUGCAAUGUGGAACUUUCCAGUGGUCUUGUGCAUCUAAAGAUCAGUGCAUUCCCACGUUUUGGAGGUGUGACGGAGUUAAGGACUGUAAAGACCAGAGUGAUGAAGCUGGAUGUGGCCCGGUGAAAUGCCCCAUGUACAUGUUCAAGUGUGGCAGUGAGGAGUGCUUGGAUUCCCAGCUGGUGUGUAAUGGCAUUGCUAACUGUCUGGAUGAAUCUGAUGAGGGUCCAGGGUGUCUCAGCAAUAACUGCUCCAGCCCACACCCACCACAAUGCGAGCACUACUGUGUCAACACUCCCCAUGGAGCGAGGUGUGGGUGUCGAACAGGCUUCAAGGUCCAGGCAGACGGUUUAUACUGUGCAGAUGUAGAUGAGUGUAUGGAGAUUCAGCCUCCUGUGUGUAGCCACGGAUGCGUGAACACUCAUGGCUCGUACGUGUGCCAGUGUCCUCCGGGUUUUAUACUGGAGCCAGAUGGCAGCAGCUGUAAGACAGAAAAGGAACCUGGUCUUUUGGCAUCAGUGCAGUAUGAGGUGCUGUUUAUGGGCCUCCGGAGCAGCAACAUGCAGAUGCUUCUUCCCCCAGGCCAGAAGCCCAUCUUCUCUCUGGACUAUGACUGGAAGGAACAGUGGCUGUUCUGGGUCUGUCUACAGGAGGAAAGCAUCAAAUAUGUGCUGCAUGGAGAAAAGGGCAAUAUCAAGACACUUGUUAAAGGUGUGAAAUCGGACUCGAUUGCUGUAGACUGGGUUGCAGGAAACCUGUACUGGGUGGAUGGAGUAGCUGGCCAGAUUUUAGCUGUAAGGAUUAGUGACCGUGUAGUGAAGCGACAAAACUUCACUGUGAUUGUGGAUGAAGACCUGGAGCAGCCUCAUUCUCUCGUGCUUUUGCCUCAGAAAGGGAUAAUGCUGUGGUCAGAGAUUGGCAAGGAGCCCCAGAUCGAGUGUGCUGGCAUGGACGGUUCAGAGAGGAAGGUGCUACUCAGCCAUGGCUUAAACUGGCCUGUAGCCUUAGCUGUGGAUAUUGUGUCUGACAGAAUCUUCUGGGUAGAUGAGAAGCUCAAGUGCAUUGGUUCAGCCACAAUGAACGGUGAAGAUAUCAAGCUGCUACAGUUGACUGAGAUGUCAAGCCCUUUCUCUGUGGCGGUGUUUAAUGACAUGGUGUACUGGUCUGACACCCAGAGAAAGGCCAUCCAUGGGGCUAACAAAAUAACUGGCAAGAACCAGAAAGUUAUUCUCAAAAGACCUGGUCAACCUUUUGGGCUCAAGGCUGUACACCCCCUUAUCCAGUAUAAGGUGCCUAACCCCUGUGAGAAACUCCAAUGUUCUCACGUGUGUGUACUAGCCCCAGGGCUCCAUGCAUUAUGUCGUUGCCCUGCAGGACUGCUGUUGGCUGAGGAUGGAUUUACCUGUAUCCCACCUGAGAACUCCUCUACUUCCUUCCUACUGCUGCUCUCUCCUACUAGACUCACGAAGGUUUUCACUAGAAGCUUGCGUGGUCAGGUUGGAUUAAAUCAGUGGCCUGCCCACCAUGCCCAGUCUCUUCCUGGCAUAAAUGAGGCCUCAGAUCUAGACUUGGUUCUUGGUGACAACACACUCUAUGUGGCAGAUGUCGGACAGAACUCUGUGGCUCGGAUUAAAGUGGGUGACUCCACAUUGAUGCCUGAGGGCCAGGUGUUGAAUUUACCAGGGGAUACGUUGACUGCGCUGGCUGUGGACUGGAUCACACACAACUUGUAUUGGAGCAGCAGCAAGAAGCCUCAGAUCUACGUCACGUCAGCAGAUGGAAAGUUCACCAGCCUUGUUCUGCAGGCUGGGCUUCAGGACACUACCUCUAUUGCACUACACCCACCCACAGGCAGGAUGUGCUUCACAGCCAUAGGGUUAUCAGGGAAUGUUGCUUUGCCCCAGGUAGACUGUGCUGCCAUGGAUGGCCGGAAUCAAAUGUUGCUUUGGAAGAAAACACAGCUUCCCAAUUUUUUGACUUUUUCAAGCCAAGGCACAACAGUUUACUGGGCAGAUAUUGCCACUGAAGUUAUUUGCUCUGUGAACAUCGAUGGAUCAAAUUACCGGGAAUAUAAAACUGGAACUGGAUCUCCUUUAAUUGCGUCUUUAACCCGAAGUGACAAUAUCUUCUUCUGGAUCACCCGGUACAAUGGUACAACGACUGUAUGGUACAGUGAUGGCAUCCAGCCUAAACAGUUGUGGUUUGAAGUUCAAACAAACAUUAUAGCAGUGAAGGCAUACAGUGCAAACAGCCAGAAAGGAACCAACCUGUGUGCGGAGGAUAAUGGUGGCUGUAGUCACUUGUGCCUGGCAUACCCAGGAGGGCAUACAUGCCGCUGUACACAAGGCUACAUUGCUGUAAAUGACAUCCAGUGUGUACCUGGCCUAAAGUGUCCAGCAGGCUCUAUGCCUUGCAGAGACGGGUACAAGUGUCUCUCUUCUACCCGGUUUUGUGACCAAAUCCCAGAUUGCCAAGAUGGCUCUGAUGAAGAGGGCUGCCAUGCUAAGGAAAAUGAGGUGUUGGUCCACACAAUGAGUGGCCAGUCCUGCAGUUCUGAGCUCUGUAAUGGCAGAGGGCGCUGUAUGGUGCAAAAAGGGAAACCAGUCUGCGAGUGUGUGCAGGGUUACAGUGGGUAUUUCUGUCAGGAUCAGGCAUCCAGCAGUGUUCCUGUCGUCCUUACAGUCCUCUUUAUUGUCUGCUUAGUUAUUGCGGCAGCUGCAUUUCUAAAAUGGAGAAGAUGGAAAGCAGGACGAGAGCAGCCCAUAGAUAAAGAAAAUCUCAUGAAGGACAUGGAGGAACAGGAGGCAUUCCCUGAAAACUUUUCCAAUGAACUCUACAACCCAGUGGAGGAAGUAGCAAAUGAGCAUACAACACCUGUUGCAUGAUGGAUUAUAUUUAAAUAAAAGUAUUAAGCUGAAAACUCAUGUCUUUUGUACUUUUUUAAUUUUAUUUUUUAUUUUUUUUAAUGACAUGAUUUGAAUGGUUUCUUUAAGCUUGAGACUUGCUGUUCUUGGUUAAAGCAUUUACUUGCUUUUCAUCUUCAAUCACUACACAAUAACAAAGUCAACUUCUUACAGAGAGAGAGUAUCUGAUCACUGUGUUGGGAGAGUGUCCUGGUCAGAGCUAUAGCUCAACCAAAUCCAACCUUGAAGGAGCUGUGUGCCUAAACCAGGAUGCAACAUCCAGAUCAUCAAUGGAGAUGUUUCUCUGACAUUCACCCAUAUGUGGAAAUUUUUCUAAAUUUAUCUAUGCCUUUACCAAUCCAAAUCAUUCAACCUGAUGUAAUGACUAGCUUGGUGAUUGUGUGAGAGUAUAGUUGUUGAUCUAAUGAGGGUCGAGGCAGAGCGGUCUACGAACUCCUUGCUGAGUGUGAGCUGACUUCUGAUGAUGAAACUGUGAACUAUUCUUUGGUAAAUUUCCAUUUGACUGCAUCUCUUGAUUCCUGGUCUUCAUUCAUCAUAUCUGGGUCUAUAACUUUAAAUUCCUCUACAGGAUCUUGUUUGUCCUGUCCAGCAUACUGCAGUUUCACAUACGACCUGUUUUUGUGUAGUCAUGCAAAGUAAGACUUGCUUUUGUUAGUCUGGUACAGGAGUGGCACAUCUGAAAACUGUAGCCAGCUGUGUGUGUCUGUGUGAGAUUCCUGUAUUACUUACAGCCAUAAUAUUUGGAUUACAAGUACAACCAUACCAUGGCUGAAA